UUAAAGGCUGAGUCAAAAGCCAAGAAGUCUCUUUAUUUACGCCUACCUCCGUGCCCGUGGCAAUCUGACUAAUAACAAACUGCUCUAACAAGAAAGACUAGAAAGAGCAGAGAGCACACAGAAGCAGCUUGCAUCUAAAAAUCUGACAAACCAAGUGAUCCAGUUAAGCUCUGCUGAGCGUUUUGUUUGUUUACUGCAUCCAAAUGCUUGUAAACAGUUAACUAUAUGCAGAUAAGUCAGCAUAGCUGUGAAGUACGCUGUGAAUUUUAAUUGAGGAAGAAGGACAACUACUUACAGGAUAGACUAAUGAGCACGCUGCCUGGAAGAUUUUUUUUUCGAUUGAAUGCUUUGUACUUUGUCUUCUGAACAAGGAUUUUAACUUUAUGGAGCUGUAGUAUUGCCAGAGCUUGCAGCAAAAAGAAAGUGUGCAUUUUUCACAGGGAAAAAAUCACAUCGCAUUGAAGCAGCUGCUUCAACUGUGCAUUAGUGAGCGUUUCAGGGAGCGUUACUGCUGUACAGACUCUGCUGGGCAACAUGAAGCUCUGGAUUUUUAUUCUAUAUUCAGUUGUCGUUGCAUCUGAUCCUUUCCACUCUCAGUCUUCUUUUUCUUCAGUCAGAGGAUCUUGUCAGAGUUCGUGUUCCUGUGAAGAAAAGGAUGAUACCAUGAUUAUAAAUUGUGAAGAAAGAGGCAUCAAGAUGGUAUCAGAAAUAAAUGUCCCACCAUCACGGCCUUUCCAUCUUAAUCUGUUAAACAAUGGCCUGACUAUGUUACAUGUGAAUGAUUUUGCUGACCUUGUUAAUGCUAUCUCUCUACAUCUUGGUUUUAAUAAUAUUGCAGAUAUUGAGCCUGGGGCUUUCAAUGGUCUCAGCCUUCUUAAGCAACUUCAUAUCAAUCACAAUUCUUUAGAAACACUUAAAGAAGGUAUGUUUAAUGGACUGGAAAAUCUGGAGUUUCUUCAAGCAGACAACAAUUUCAUCACAGUGAUUGAAGCAAGUGCCUUCAGCAAGCUCAACAGGCUUAAAGUGCUUAUUUUGAAUGAUAAUGCCAUUGAGUAUCUUCCUCCGAAUAUAUUUCGUUUUGUGCCGUUGACCCAUUUAGACCUUCGUGGAAACCAAUUACAGACACUGCCCUAUGUUGGUUUUUUGGAACACAUUGGUAGAAUACUAGACCUUCAGUUGGAAGACAAUAAAUGGGCCUGUAACUGUGAUUUGCUGCAGCUGAAAAUAUGGCUAGAAAACAUGCCUCCUCAGUCAAUUAUAGGUGACAUUGUAUGCGAUAGUCCUCCAGUUAUCAAAGGUAGCAUCUUAAGUAGAUUGAAAAAAGAAUCACUUUGUCCUACUCAUCCUGCCAAUGAACUUGAAGAUCCUUCAGGGUCACUGCCCUUGGUUGUAACCACCUCUAUCAGUGAUAGUCACCUAUCAACUAAGGUGAUUCCUAUCCUGAAAGCUCCUACUAAAGAACCAAGUUUAGUGCUUCAUACUUCAAAGCCUACUACUGAGUUUCCAGGAAUCUACUGUCCUGUCCCCUGUCACUGCACCAGCCAUAUGCUCUCAGGAGUUCUCAUGCACUGCCAGGAGCGAAAUAUUGAAAGCUUGUCUGAUUUAGGACCCCCUCCUCCAAAUCCUAAAAAGCUAAUUCUAGCUGGAAACAUUAUUCAGGCAAUACUGAAAUCAGAUCUUGUGGACUAUGCUGGCCUGGAAAUGCUUCACCUGGGGAACAAUCGCAUUGAAAUCCUAGAGGAAGGAUCUUUCACAAAUCUGACUAGACUGCAGAAAUUAUAUCUCAAUGGCAAUCAUCUUACAAAGCUGAGUCAGAAUCUCUUCCUUGGCCUUCAGCACCUUGAAUACUUGUACCUUGAAUAUAAUGCCAUCAACGAAGUUUUGCCAGGGGCAUUUAAUGUAAUGCCAAAACUUAAGGUCCUUUAUUUGAAUAACAACCUUCUGCAGGCUUUGCCACCCCAUAUCUUUUCAGGUGUUCCACUUACCAGAUUAAAUCUGAAAACAAACCAAUUUUCUCAUUUGCCUGUGAGCAGUGUCUUGGAUGAACUGGAUAUGCUGGUACAAAUUGAACUUGAAGACAACCCUUGGGACUGUACCUGUGAUUCUGUUGCGUUGCAGAAAUGGAUACAAAAACUGAGUAAGAAUACAAUGAUGGGUGAUAUUUUUUGUAAAUCUCCAGGACACCUGGCAAAAAAAGAGCUGAAAUCCCUGAACAGUGAAGUCUUGUGUCCAGGUUUAAUAAACAGCCCGGCUUUACCAACUCAUGCCAGUUUUGUAGUUGUGACAACUUCUACUACUACUACCAACACCGCAGACACCAUCUUGAGGUCCCUUACAGAUGCUGUCCCACUUUCUGUUCUAAUACUAGGACUUCUAAUUGUGUUUAUAACUGUUGUAUUUUGUGCAGCAGGAAUAGUUGUUCUUGUUCUUCAUCGGCGACGAAGAUGCAAAAAGAAACAAGCGGAUGAUCAAAUGAGGGAUAGUAGCCCCGUUCACCUUCAGUAUAGCAUGUGUGGGCAUAAGACAACACACCACACAACGGAGCACCCAUCUGCAACUCUUUAUGAGCAACGUAUGGUUACUCCCACGGUUCACGUCUACCGCAGCCCAUCCUUCAGUCCCAAACAUACUGAGCAACAGGAAGAGGGAAGUGAGAAGGAAGCUUAUGAUUCCAAACAUCUCUGCCGAAGUCUCCUGGAAAGAGGGAACAGUUCACCUCUUACAGGUUCAAACAUCAAAUAUAAGGCUACAGAUCAGUCUGCAGAGUUUCUUUCUUUUCAGGAUGCCAGCUGCUUGUAUAGAAACAUUCUUGAAAAAGAGAGAGAACUUCAGCAACUAGGGAUCACAGAGUAUCUAAGAAAAAAUAUUGUCCAGUUCCAGCCUGACAUGGAAGUUCAUUAUCCUGGAACACAUGAAGAGCUGAAGCUAAUGGAGACACUCAUGUACUCCAGGCCAAGUAAGGUUAUUCUAGAACAAACUAAAAAUGAGUAUUUUGAACUCAAAGCUAAUUUACAUGCUGAGCCUGACUACCUGGAAGUCCUGGAGCAGCAAACAUGAAGUGAUACUACUUCGGGCUGCGGACGAAUUUCUGUAAUUCUGUUUUUAGUUGGAACCAUUGUAAAUAAAAGUGCCUUAUAAUAACAUGUCAACAGUCAGACCUUAAGCACAGCAGUAAUCCUAGCAAAAAAAAAACUCAGGGAUCACUGUGGGAAGCCAUGGGGUUAUGUGCAGGCAAUAUGUCUUACCCCAAGUUAAACAUGAACUUUGUGUGAUUGAACUGUGGGAGGAAGGUUGGUUAUUGAAAUAUUCCUCAACAUUUUUAAAAAGUGUGUAUGGCACUCUCCAUUCUGUACCUGACCUAUGGAAAAAUAUGUUCUAUUUACUUCUUUUUCCACUCAAUUUAAUUAGAUUCCUUUAAAAAAAAAAAAAAUCACACCUGUGUUUGUAGUUACAAGGUUAGAGUGGAUUGGUUAGGUUAGUACAUGCACUGCAUUCAUGACCACUGUCUACAGCUGCACCUAACAUACUAUUAUAAUAAAUAUGAAAGAAUUAAAAUGGCAUACUAAAUGUCAGUUAAAAAAAAACAAAACAACCCACACAGAAAAAAUAUUUUUGUCUGUGCACCCAGAACCUGCAAAUAUUUAAGUAUUUUACAUGAAACUUCAUUCUGUGCAUUCUGUAUCAGUAUGUGGAGCAAAAAAUAUGUAACCGUUUUUACCCAGCAUCUUCAAUGAAGAAAAAAGCAAGCCUUUUGAAUUAAAAACAAACCUUUUCCUACUUUCCCUACCUGAUAGCUUUACCUAAGUUUGGACAAUCUUUUCUUGAGCUGCUGCUAUAAAAUAUUGUGCAUCACUGGUGUUUCAACUCAUAAUCCUGGACAAUUUGAAAAGCUACUGAGAAUCAACUGUAAAUAUGUUACUGUGUUUAAUAAGUCUGGGUUGUUUUUUUUUUUUAAUAUAUAUCUAUAUCUAUAUAUAAGUAACUUCUGUGCUGGCUUUAAAUAUUCUUGGAAAAAAAAUUAGUUUGCUGUGGCUAGGAACUUCAAAGUGCAAAUACAGGUCCUUUUCCAUCCUACCCUAAAGCAGCUCCCAGACAGAACAACUGCAACAGUACAGACAUGUGGAAGAAUGAUAGUAUUUAGCUGUUUGUACAAAAAUAGGUUAUAUUUUCUGAAAUUAGAACCUAAUGUGUUGUGGGAAAAAUAGGUAAAAAAAAAAGUAGAACACUGCAGGUUUAUUUUUGCAAUGAAUUCUUGCUAGAUUUAUAUUUGCUAUUUAUUCUGUAUAAUUUUGUAUUUUUUUUUCAAUUGACAAGAAAAGAAAAAGCUUAUUCCUGGCUGCCUUUCAAGCAAAUCAAGGAACUGCUCUCUAUCAAUGAGAAAGAAAUAAAGAGGGUUUUUUAAUGUCUUUUUCUUAAAAGAAAGACACUCCUUCUUGUAAAGAAGGAAGCAACUCCUGCAUGCACAAGUUUAAAAUUGUUUGGGAAAUAAACACAACGAUUCUCACUCUUGUCAUAUGGACAGAAGCAUCUUGUCCAGAGUGCAGUAAUUCCAUUCAAUUUUUGUGCAUGAAUGACAUAGUGCCAAAACACAAAUUCUGACCUGCAUUUAUCUUCCUCUAAGCAAAUCUUUUUGUAAACUGACUAUGCAUGAACUGGUUUUCUUUUCUAAUUUGUAUUUGUAGAGCUGAAGAUCAGUGUCAUUAGUACAUAUCCACCUAUGUAUGCUAAACUUCUCAUUGAAGUCCUGAUAAAAGUUAUUGUUUAGUUCACCUUACUGUUGACAUCUUACCUAUUUGUAUAUACAAAUAUGAGUUCUUCAUAUUGUUUGUACAUACCUUUCUGAGAGAAAAUUUCCUGUGCUGCAUACAAAAUUCAGAUUCUCAUUUCUUUCAAAUCUGCAUAGAGUUAAUGACCUUGAUGGUGCUAGACUAAUUUGUGUAAUUUGAGGAUCUGACCACAUGUUGUUUCUGUUAGCGAAUCAACUUCCUCAUUAAGAUUUUUGAGGUGUUAUAAAUUUGCUAUGGAAGUAAAAAAAAUCAAAAUUU